UACAUAUGUAUAUACGCAGAAAGUAGAAAACUCAAUAACAGGAGUAAGCUCAGAUAAAAUUUUCCUUUUCCUAAAACCUAUUUGAUAGUGCUACUGUAAGCAAAAAAUAAAGAAAAGAGACUUAUGCUAAGUUUGCUUGAAAUAUAAACGUGUCUGCACAAAUUAAAAUUAAAGUAAGUCUCUGAUUUUGUAUAAAGUUGUACGAAAAAUCAGUGUGGCUGACGCAUCUCAUCAUGAGCGUUAAAGUUGUAUUUGUGAUGUAGUGAGACAAAGAAUUAAAAGAAUAACGUAAUUUCUAGCACCUGCGAACGAAAUCCAAAGAAACGGGGCUUCGUUUAAGCGACUCAAUUCCUUUGAGUUACCAGUUGUAUAUAACUAAAAAGUAUUAUUUGGCAUUGUAGGUCAUAGUACUAAAAUAUUGAACACGGUGAGAUCAUAACUAUUUGAAUGGGGAAAGGGGGAACUGUUUAGGUUAUGUGUGAAAAAGGAAAAUCGACGCACUAAGAACUUGUGAACCAACGGAAAUACCAAAGUGCAUUGAUCGCUGCUACAAUAUUAACGACGCUGUUACGUAGUAAAUAUCGCGAAAAAAUCCAGUGAUCUUUGUAUACAUAUUUUUUUGUUUGAGUAACAAGCAAAAACAUGACCAUCAAACCAGUGGUUACACCAUCUCAAAAACGUGUAGCUUCAGAUGAGAAAAAAGAAUCACAUAGUCAUGGACACGCACAUACUACACAUUCCCAUGGAUCGCAUUCGCAUGCACAUGCCCACAGUGCGGUAGAGCCAGGCAACAAUCAUAACCAGACCAGUGGACGCACUGCUAGCACUCAUGCACAGUGCCGCACCGGGCAGAGCCCACAACGUCGUGUUGAAGCUUUCGACGAGCUAACUCGACACCGCCGUAGUCCACAUAAAAGCUCGCGGUCUAAACGUCGUGACCACCAUGAUCACCAUCACAAACGGGAGCGCGCAGAACGAGAAAAACAUACAACCGCGAACGUUUCGAAUAGUUCGAUCUCCACCAAAUGCAAUAGUCCACAUGUACAUGGGAAUGUUUCUGCACCUACCUCUGCAGUCAACAAUAUUAUCGGUAGCCCUGUUGGAAAGAGCGGGCCGGGUGGGGGCAGUAGUCCAGUGCACACAAGUGGGGCAGGAGGAAAUUCGCCUGAUCAUCUAGGCGCCAGACCCGUCGUACUCGGUUGCCAGAGUCCUAAAUCUUCAUCAUCGGUGACGCAAGCGGGUGCUAAUUUGCUUAAAGCUGUCGAAGAAAUAUAUUCCGGCUAUAACAGUGGCGACGAGCAUCUACAGCCAAAAGAAGGCGCUAUCACAGUAGAUGAGUGGAAGCAACGCGACGAACAAUUUGGAAAAUGCAUGGCUGAGCGUGGUUAUGAGUUACGAACUGUCGAGGAAGAUGGCGCAUGUUUAUUUCGAUCAAUUUCAUUGCAAAUUUAUGGCGAUGAAGAAAUGCAUGACGUUGUACGACAGCAUACGAUGGAUUAUCUUUACAAAAAUCGGGAGUAUUUUUCUCACUUUGUCACCGAGGACAUAAAUAGUUAUAUUAAACGAAAACGACGAAAAGAUUCACAUGGAAAUCAUAUUGAAAUACAGGCAAUGUCGGAAAUAUAUAAUCGACCAGUGGAGGUUUACUCCUAUAAGCCAACUCCUAUCAAUAUUUUUAAUUCAGAACAACUAAAUAAAGGCUAUGCACCAUUACGCCUUUCCUAUCAGCGUGGCUCACAUUAUAAUGCCAUUAUUGAUCCAUAUGAUGCAACGGUGGGUGUGGGGUUGGGAUUGGCUGGCUACAAGCCAGAAUUACAGACGAAAGAAGCUGCGCUCUUGAGUGAACAAAUGGAGAUUGAGCAGACAAUGUUUGAGGAUAAACUAAAAACAACAGAUUGGGAGGCCACAAAUGAAGCUAUUGAAGAGCAAAUUGCACGUGAGUCUUACCUACAAUGGUGCCGAGAGAAUUUGCAGAAAACUCGCGCUAGUGCUACUGCUGCAUCUACUUCGGCAACAGUGACAUCUGCUGAAGUUACGUCAGAUUGUGAAGCAUCGCCAUCAAAAUAUUCUACACAACGCAUUAACUCCAUAAGCACUUCUAAUACAAGCAACACCAGUAGUAAUAGCAAAGCAACGCACACCGACGUGGGCGAUGCAACGCAUACUCCGACCACAGUAAAUGCUUGUGAGCAGCAUAUAAGCAACAACGCAGAUGCACCACCUGGUACACUGGGGGCAUCGUUAGAUCAUAGUUUCGGUAUAACGCCGAAAUCCAUGAAUGUAUUAGCCCACAACUUAAAGAAAAACGCAACACCUCCGCAUUCCGUUGCAGAAUGGGAAUUAGACAGUGAUGACACGGACAUAAGUAGUACGAGCUCAAUUGGCACAAGUAGUGGCGGUAACAGUGGUGGCGGACUGAAAAAAUCAAAAAAGCGCAAUGCCAGUUUGCGAGCUGGUGGAAAGAAGCGGCGGCGUGAACCUGGUGCAGUCACCAUCGCUAAAAGCGAUACGAUGCCGGCACGAGGAAUGGGAACAAGCUCAAAAUACGAGAGUGGAGGCAGAUCACCCUCAUUGCAAAAGAAUUCGCGGUCACGUACACCAGAAGUCGAACAGCAGCCUUGUACUUCCAAGCAAUCACACAAUUCAACACCUGAAAAGAGUUUGCUUAGUGUUGGCGAUAAUAUAGUAGACACACUAUCAGCUUCAACUUCAAAAUGUACCUCACCAACGUCAUCAUCAUCCCUACGAAAAUUCAAGGACACCAUAUCCAACAACCACGAAUCAUCGAAUUUUUAUCAAGAACUUUUGGAGGCUUCGUACGCUGCAGAUGGUUUUGGACAACUAAGCGAAUCCGAAAUGCUUCAGCGUGCAAUACAAUUAUCAACUCAAGACUACAUCGACGACCAAAAAAGGAACUAUUUAUUUGGGCCGUAAGUAAUGACACGCAGUACUUCUAAAAUACUUAUUUUAUAAAACAUGUAAGCUUAGACCAAAACAAUAAAAAUACUAAUAUUAGAUGAGGAAUUAAAUACGAACAUAAAUGCAAAAUAUGCAAAUAUGAAUUACAUCAAUGAAAAUUAUGGAAACUCAAAUGGCUUGCUGUUGUAAUUAUUUAUAGUCAAUGUAUUUAUUUCGAAAUACAGACAUACAUAGAUGUUAUUGUUUUACAAAUUUAUUUCAAGCAACUUGUGAAGUAAUAAAAAUUUUACAAUACAUAUUAAAAUUCUCAAUAUUGGAUUAGUGAAAAACAUUGCAAUCUAAACAGCGAUGCACCCAGAAAUUUUGAUUUUUGAUAAUGUAAGUCUUAAAUUAGAGUAUCACUUACGAAAGUGAGCAGGUUGAUACUUGGGUAGAAUACAGAUAUUUGCUAGCCGGCAAUGAUAAAGGCUUAUUUAUAUUAAUGGGG